CGUCCUCGUAGCUCGUCGCGUCUUUGUCGAUGAAGGGGACCUCUCGCACCUACCUGGAGACCCUCCACUCGUAUCCGUUCCCCGCACUUUAGCCCGCUCGCGCCCGUCACGCAAUGUGGCAACCAGACGGCGCCCACGGCGACCGGCCAAGAUACCAACCCAAAUCACAUCGCAUACCUUCCACGACUCGGUCGUCAACCUCGACACCACACUCUCCACCACAAUGCUCGCCACUACAUUGACACUGCUCGCGACGGCGCUCCUCGGCGGCGCCGGUGUGAGCGCGCGCAACGAGCAGAUCCCCCUGCUGUCGGGGUACACGGGCAACGACGGGACCAAGGUUCCCGUCCGGCUGCACGUCAUGAGCCGGUGUCCUGAUGCCCGCCGGUGCGAGGCCGUCUUCGAGGAGGUCGUCAAGACGGAGGGUAUCGACAAGAAGAUCGACCUGACGCUCGGCAUGCUGGGCAAGCUCAACCCUGAGGCCGAGUACGGCGUCGAGUGCAUGCACGGCGACCUCGAGUGCGCGGGCGACGCGCACCAGCUCUGCCUGGUCGAGAACCUGCCCCUGGCGCAGUGGUACGCCGUGCUGACGUGCAUGAACUUUGAGCACUUUCCCGGCGCGAUCGGCCAGCUGGCGUUUACGCGCAAGUGCGUCGAGGCGUCGGGGGUCGACUGGUGGGCUUCCGGCGUGGGACGGUGCAUCCAGGGGCGGCACCCGGAGCACUCGGCCGUCGCGAACAAGGACGACCCGCAGGAAGCGGUCGCGACCAUCAACAGCAAGGACGAGGCGUGGGCAUACGACCCGCCGAACGAGGGGCUGGGCCGCCGCGCCCGCCGCCUCCUCCGCGACUCGGUCAACCAGACCAUCAGCGACGGCAUCAAGAAGAGCUGUACCAUCCGCAUCACGAGCACGCUCAACACGCGCUACCGCGACUGCGUGGUCGACGGCGGCGAGUGGAAGGGGUGCAACGACGGCCAUGAGGCCGUAGACUUUGUCAAGGCCAUCAACGAGGAGCACGAGAACCUCGCGCGUCUGAACAGAAUCCACAUCCCCGCGUGGUGGACGCUGCAGUAGGACUGCGUGGGUGGGCGGGCGUUUGUAUCUGUCUGUACCAGUAUGCAUAGAUGGGUUCUGG